CUACAAUAUAUAGUAGUUAUAUUAUUACUAGGAUAAGUAAUAGUAAAUAAACAUAUAUAAAAAGAAAAAAAAAAACAAAGAAAGUAAAAAAAUAAAAGUGAGACCAACAGUCGACCAUUUUGCCAGUGAGUAAAAAUGGCCGUCCAAGAAACACGGGUUUUUAUAUUGUUAUAAUAUAUUAUUAUUUUUUACCAUGAUAACUUUGGCUGAACAAAUGAACUCAAUCAGUACCAACAAGUAUUCAGUGUAACAAGUGUAGGUUACGGUUCAGACAAACAAAUAAAAUAAAUGAAAGUGGUUUUAAAAAAUUGUUACUAACAAUAACAACGUAAUGGAGUUUGUGAUUUAAAUAAUAAAUCUGAGUAAUGUUAUUUAUUGAUAAAUAAUUUUAUUUAAAACAAUUGUAAUUAAUACAGUUGACGUAAUUGGUUUGGUAAUUUUUUAACGCACUGGUGUGUAAAAAUAAUUUAUUUAUAAAAAAUAAACUGCAUCGAGAAGAAAAAGAUUUUUUAAAACGAGAAAAACAUAACAAUCAACAAUGCGUAAAUAUAAAGACAUAUAUCACGUGUGCAGGACUUAAUGAACAGCUGAGCAAGAUAAAUAAUUUAUUUUAUUAAGUACAAUAAAAUUAUAUUGAUGGAUUGAUCAGCCGAGUAUUAAGUUACGAGUCAUGAUGGAUGAUCGUAGAGUCGCUGAUUAUUUUGUUGUCGCGGGUUUACCUGGUCAGAAUGAUGACUUUGACAAGGACAACGAGGCCGAUAAACUCGAGGACUGGUGCCAAGAGGGCACACACCUUAAGGAUUGUAAUUUACAAGCUCCAAUCACAGAUUUGGCUGUGAUAUUUCCAGCUUUGGGUGAAAAUUGUCCCGAUGGUUAUACUCAAUUGGAGCACACGGUGUCUGGAUUUCCCGCGGAUUUAAAUCACGGGAGUCUACGUACUAAUGAGUGUUAUUUGUGCUACCGGAGAGGUAGAGAUAAACCACCACUCGUAGAUAUUGGUAUUAUCUAUGAUGGAAAAGAGCGUAUUAUGGAAGACGCUCAAAUGAUAACAGAAACACCACAUGGACAUGUCGCUAAUGUAAAUAAUUCGACAUCGAAAAUAUUUGUAACAUUUAGACGUGCUAGCAAAAAAAUGCCUUGUAAUUCGCUAGUUGUUACGGACAUUUGUGUUAUUCUAACAAACAAAGGUGAAACAGCGCCUCAGGCAUUCUGUACAAUAAAUAAAAAUUUAAAUAAAGGUAUGUUAGGAAGUGAUGUUUUUCUGUGUUACAAAAAGUCUAUGAAUAGAGCUAAUUUGAUAUCAUUUAAACCGUCAAUAUUGUACAAAUAUCCAAUGACGGACUACAAUAGUUUUGGAUUUCCAAAUUCAGUGGCCAUGUUUUGUUUGCCAAUGGGCGCAACUAUUGAAUGUUGGCCAAAAGUUGCCUGCAAACCCAAACCUGUGUUCUCAACAUUUGUAUUAACUGUUGCUGAUGCUGCUCAAAAAAUCUACGGCUCUGCAAUAACUUUUUACGAGGAAGUAAUACCAGAUUUUAUAAACAACACCACUAAGCACAACAACGAACACAAUAAUGAGUUAGACGUCAAUACGAAAAUAAAUAAUACCAACACGAGUAUUAUAGAAGGCGAUGAAAGUAUCACAGAUAAACCGCUGAUCAAGAUGAAAGUUUUUAAAAAAUUUGGUGUACUGAAGAAACUGUCUCUGGGACAGUUGGAAAAAUUACAGUACACUGAUCCAGAAUUACAAUCACUAAAUAUUAGUAAAUCCAUAUGUAUACUGUCUCACUGGCCAUUUUUUGACACAUUUGAAAAAUUUUUAGGUUUUUUACACAGUAUGGUUAACGAAAAACCUCAGUGUAUUCCUAUUGAGAAGUAUAUAUCAUAUUUUUUGUGUGAUAUACCAUUUCCGAGUCCACAAAGACCACGAAUACUGGUGCAGUUAAGCGCUUCGGAUCGGCUUAUAUUAACGCAGCCAGAGGAUUUAGCGCUACCACGUUCUGGUGCCAGUUUUCGACAAUUGCUGGUGAACCUUGGACCCGAAAAUUGUAUGCUUAUAUUGCUUUUAAUACUUACGGAGCAGAAAAUAUUGGUGCAUUCAUUGAGGCCUGACGUGUUGACAUCAGUAAGUGAAGCUAUUGCUAUGAUAUUAUUUCCUUUUAAAUGGCAGUGUCCUUACAUACCACUUUGUCCGCUGGGCUUGGCAGAAGUACUGCACGCGCCGCUGCCAUUUCUAAUUGGCGUCGAUUCACGAUUCUUUGAUCUUUAUGACCCGCCAUCGGAUGUUAACUGCGUAAAUUUGGACACCAACAACAUUGUGCUGUGUGAAGACAAACGUCACUUGAAUAUAAAACUACUGCCUAAAAAACCAGCGAGACUUCUGAAGAAUGAUCUGGAGCAUAUAUCGAUGAAAUUGAGCAGUCAAGGUAAAUUUCACUCGCAACGCGAGAAACCGGAUGAAGACUUCAGCGUUGACAAAGAAUUUCAACAAAAGCGAAAAGAACAAGGACUUGAAUUGGAAAUUCAGGAUUCAUUUUUACAUUUCAUGGCACUAAUUCUAAAAGGAUACCGUAGUUAUUUAUUACCAAUAACUAAAGCACCUACUGUUGGCUCAACAGAUCCUACUAGUCUAUUUAAUAUCCAGGCUUUUCUGCGUAGCCGUGACAAAGCUCAUGCUAAAUUCUACAGCCUACUCGUAAGAACGCAAAUGUUUAUACGAUUUAUAGAGGAACGCAGCUUUGUUUCUGACAUGGAUAUGGCAGGAUUAGCGUUCUUCGAUGAGUGUACUGAGCGUGUCGAGGAGGAAAACGUCACGUUUCUGGAGUUAGAUGAGUCUCAGCACAGUGAGCGCACUGUUUUUAUACCACCUCCGGAUCCAGGGCCUAAUCAACAGCCAGUUGUCUAUAAAACAUUUAAGUUGAAUCCGGAUUUAAUGAGGCCGCAAAAAAACUUGAGCAAUAAAAACCCGGCAUUGAGUGCUUUUGGUAUUACUCCUGGUAGUCCAAUGGCACGCCGUACUAAACAUGAGAUUAAAGUCGCUCAGAGAAUGGCUCGUAAACAAGCAGCACUUCCUGAACGAUGGGGUAGAUGUUUACUUGGUACGUGUAAUAGUCUGUGGUUCUUACAUUUACCAGCGAUGCUACAAGUAUCCAGUCAACCAGCAGUGAUACUUCAUCAGGCUUAUGAAUUACUGGUUAAAAUGCAAAAGUUAAGGCUAGAUCCGAUGGAGGAAGUGUGUUAUAGAGCAAUGAUGCAACUCUGUGGUGUGUAUGGUCAACCACUACUGGCAGUUAAAUUGUUAUUUCACAUGAAACGCAGCGGCGUGCAACCAAAUGCACUUACAUACGGAUUUUACAACAAGGCUGUCCUUGAAGCCACCUGGCCGUCGGAUAUGACCAACUCGAGCCAACUAAUGUGGAAUAAACUGAGAAAUGUUAUCGUGGGCGCAGCUUUAUUUAAACGGGCUGGUAAAAAAAGUGCAAGACGACGGCUAAGCUCUAAUCCGGACGUUAUUGGUAUUGAAGGAUUAAAAAUACAGGGAAUGGAUAAUUUGGCUACAUCCCGAUCCAGCCUUGAUAGUACGCAUUCUCAUGAUCCUGAAGCUGUUAAUAAUGACUUGGCAUUAAAAGGUAGCUCAGUUCCUGAUUUACCGGGUCUAGGUUUCAUGGACAUGAAGAUAAAAUCUAAAUUCCUGCGUCAAGAUAGUAUCGUGAAAGACGUAGGAAUGAUUUGUGCAGCACAGCCUGAAGUGCUUGAUGAUUCACCAUCUGAUUCACGAUCAAUAGACACGCCGGAAUCACCACUCAAAAGCCCAAUCAGGACUCCAGUAACGGAAAAUGAUCCCCUAGGAGCUUUGGUUAAUGACGAAACUCCCAUUGUAUCGCCGUCUGAAGAAAAUGACUCGAAUUGCUCAACAAGUACACUGACUGUUGUAAACAAUACACUUGGAGAAAGACCCGGAGGCCCUGUCCUAUUUAGGAGUAGUAACGCAAAUACUAUACCACGAAGCGCGACUUUUCAUCAAGCGGUCGACGAGACAGGUCCAGCAAUCAGCAGUCAAUUGCAGAGAAGCGAAACUAUGCCUCACUCGGUUGCUCAGCAGGGUGAGCAAGAAAGAGAACGGGAUCGAUUGGAGAUCAGUAGUCUUUGGUCUAAUAAGGACAGCGUAACGUCUAGUUUAUCAAGUUUGGGGUCAAGUCUCAAACUAAGCUUCGGCCGAUACUCAACCGGGGGCCUGACAUUUGUUAAAAAUAAAGAUUUAAUGACAUCAAACGUUUUCAUUGAAUCACUCAGUCUCUCCAAUUACAUCAGUCCAUCAAGUUUGACGGGUAAAAAAUCAAACGAGAUAAUUCUCGGUGGAUUGAACAGUUUAAAGUCAGCAGCAACAUCUGUAGCUAAAAAAUUUGACGAAAUAAAAGAAGCUAUUUCAGCAACUAGUACACCAGUUAAGCUGAAAGAACGUGAUCAGCGGCUUGGCUACGGCGUGUCGCACGAGUCGUUAGACUCAUUGACAGAUGGAUCUCAGCAAGAUCGUAAUGAAAUGUCAGCGAGAAUGUCAGGCGAUUCUGGUAUGGAAGUACUGGGAUCACUGUGCGAGCUUGCUGAAUGCAUGUAUCCGAAAGGCUCCAGGGAGUUUGAAGACCGUUUAGCCGUCGAACUUGUUAUCUCCAGUGCUAGUCGCUGUCAUCAUUGCCUGGCUAUAUUGUACGACGAGGAAAUAAUGGCUGGUUGGCAGCCAGAAGAUUCUAAUUUAAAUACUGUCUGUCAAUUUUGCGACAAAGCUACUGUACCGCUUCUUACAGUGACUAUUCUUGAUUAUCGAUGUAACGAAAGUGAAAAAAUAAAUGAUCCAUUAACGGGAGCACUGAUUGAACUGAUGGAUCAACCACGUGAAUUACCAGAGCCUAUUACCGUGCCCUAUUUAAAUCCACUGGUACUACGUAAAGAAUUAGAAAAUGUAUUGAGUCAAGAGGGUGAUACAUGUCUUACUAAGCACCGAUUUAUUCAAGAACACCCAAUCGUGUAUUGGAAUUUAAUCUGGUACUUUGAAAGGAUAAAUCUAAACAGCCAUUUACCAGAACUCUGGUUCAAUAACGACAACAUUAAAGAUCUAGCCACUAAUUCGAGCUUAGUUGGUGUCCGAACCAUGUGGGAUAAUGAAAAACUUCAUAUGAAUCGUCUACCCAUGUAUCUGCAAUGGAAGCAGAAUUUACCAGAAGAACGAUCGCUAAUGCAGAACGUAAUAACAAACGUCCGUCAUAAUAACUUGACAGAACCAAUUAAAAGAGUGGCCUUAGAGAGAAGUAAAGCUGAAGUUAAAGAACAACCACCGUUUUCUAUUUAUAGAGAUAUAUUGUUUUUGGCUUUUACCGCAUUAGGAAGAACAAAUAUUGAUCAAGGAGUUUUUGAUCAACAGUAUACAGCUGCCUUGGAAAAUUUGACAGAUAAUGAAGAGAAAUUAUUACACAGCACUGAUGCGGCGCCGUCACCAAUGACAUUGUACUGUAGACAUUAUUUUAAACAGUUGAGUGUAUAAUAAAAUUAGCGAGCGUGAGAAAAUAACGUUAGAACGAGAGAGAUUAAAUAGAGAGAACGUAAGAGAGCAAUGAAUGUAUUUUUAUUUUUAAACAAAAUGUGUCGAAGUAAGUGACGAUAAAACGACGUAUGUUAUUAUAUAUUUAUGGUGUAAGUGUUUUAUUUUAUUAUUCCAUUAUAUUUUUCUUUUUAAACAUCAAUAUUGAAUACUAUUUUAUUUUAUUAUUUUAUGACGUGACGAAUAAUCACCUGUAGACUAUUUAUUUUAAUAUUAAUAAUUAAGUGUCAGCUUACGUGCAAUAGAAACAAAAUUUUUAUCAAUUGUACGAUAUAUACAUGUAUUAUAUAUAUAUAUAUAUAUAUAUUUUUUCGAUUAAUGUUGGUUGAUAUUGUCUCGACCUCGUCUGUUUUUUUCCCCAUUCUCUGUAUUUAAAUUUAAAUUUAAAUUUAUAUAGUUCUUUUUUUUUACAUUCACCGCUCGUUGUACGUUAAAGUGUUGUUUAAAAACUAAAAUAUGGGGAACAGGGUAAUAGAAUUGAUUUAAAAUUUAAAACAGUAAGAAUGGUGCUAUCAUCUUUAGCAUCAAUUUUUAUACACCAAUGUCAUUGAGUUACUCAACUAAAACCCCGUAUUAUUAUUUGUUUUGCUUAAUUAAUAAUAACUAAUAACUAUUACAAAUUAAAUGCUAACAAAAUAAUUAUAUUAAAAAUUUCAAAGUAUCAAAAAAGUGAUCAACGUGUAAAUAUUCGUUUUAUUAAUUUUUCAAAUUACAUUGCAAUAAAUAUAUUAUCAUUAUUAUUUAAUACAGCAUUAUUGUAUUUUGACAUAUGAUUUUUGAUUUAACACACAACAAUUGAAUAUUGUACUAUAAAACAACUAUUUUAUUAUAAUUAUCACGUAACAUAUUAUGUAUUAAGUAAUUUCUUAUCUAUAUGUAUAGAUUUUUACGUGAGCUAUGGAAUUUAAAACAACACUAUGAACACUAUUAUUAUUUACAGUGAUUAUUUUAAUUAAUUUUGUCAAGACUACAGCAACUAUUAUUAUUACUAUUAUAAUAUUGUAUUGUAUAGAUGUGUAAAAAGAAUUAAAAGUUACCACAUUGACAAUUUAAUCGCUAAACUCAUCGGUCUCGCGGGACACUACAAUCGUACAUGCACUUAUUAUUGUGUCAAGGCUAUACAGAGUAUGGGAUAAUAAAAAUGCAGUUGCGGUAUAUUUUAUAUAAAAAUCUUAAA